CUCGCCCCCAACUCAAUAGCAAACACGUUGCUACUCAACUCAGUGAUUAUUACUGGAAGCAAGGACUCGCCUAUGUACAACUGUCACAAUAACAAGCAAAGGUUCUCCUACCUUACUUUCAAGGGCUGUUAGCCAUACCUUAAUUAAACCUUGCAAGUCGUAAGCGAGUGAAAUGCAAACACAACAUAAAUUAAAAUGCAGUGGGUCAUUCGGCCAAGCCCGGCCAAGAAGCCUCCAUCACGGACAUCUGUGUAGAUUACAACACCGAACAAUACGCACAACGAGACACGCAGAUGUGUCCUCAACCGGUCCUGCGGUUGAGGAAGGAGGCUCUCGAGGCGUCUCGUUCUCGGGAUGGAAUGGCUACAACGAAGCGGAGCGAUACAUUCGCGAGCAGAACCCCUACCCGCGCGCCCUCUCCUCCGUGGACGACCUGCCCGGUGGGCCCUACACGGGUCGCAAGGCGGUGGUGGUGGGCGCGGGGCCGGCGGGCUCCACAGCCGCCAUGUUCCUGGCUCGGCAGGGGUUCAUGGUGGAGGUGUACGACCGGCGCCCCGAGCCGCGCAACGACAUGGUGGACACGGGCCGGGCCUACAUCAUCAUCCUCAUACCCCGGGGGCAGGCGGCGCUGAAGGAGUUGGGAGUGAAGCUCCCGGAGGACGAGCACUUCCGCACGCUGGGCACCGUCAGCCACAACGAGAAGGGCAAGGUCCGGGUGAGCAAGGAGGAGGGCAACGUCACAUUCAGCCGCAGCAGCCUGUCGCAGUGGCUCAUCGACACCGCGCGCAGCCGCUACCCGGGUCGCAUCGCCUUCCACUUCCAGUCGGCGGCGGAGCGGAUUGACCUGGCGGAGAAGAAGGUCGUGUUCAGCAAGACGGGCGGGAUCUUGGCCCCCAGCCGGGAGGUGGCCUACGACCUGCUGGUGGGGGCGGACGGGGUGGGCAGUCCGGUGCGGGCGGCGCUGUGUGCGCAGACGGCGGGGUUCGGAGUGGAGGUGGACGACAGCGGGCGGGAGUACAAGGUCUACAUGAACCUGCGCGGCGGGCGGGGAGUGGAGCCGCCCGAGUUCCGGGGCCGCAGCGGCGCCAGCCUGCACCUCUUCACCAGCGACGACCCCUUCACCGCCUUCACCGCGCACUCCAACCCCGACGGCACCUACAGCGGCACCUUCUCGCUGCAGACGGGCGGCUUCCGCGCGCUUCACUCUCCCGCCGACUACGAAGCCAUCAUGCGCGCCAAGUUCGCAGGCAUACCGCCCGAGUGGCUGCCCGCAGCAGCGGCGCAGCUGGCAGCAGCGCCCGCCAACCCCGCGGGCAAGCGCGUGCGGGUUAGCCGGCUGUACGGCCCCGCCUGCGUGUUGCUGGGGGAUGCGGCCCAUGCGGUGACGCCGGUGUUCGGGCAGGGGGCGAACAGCGCGCUGGAGUCGUGCCUGGUGCUGAAUAAGGCACUCACCGACUCCCGGGGCGAUCUAGCUGCCGUACCCGAGCGCUUCGACGAGCUGCGGCGGGAUGACGUACACAGCCUGUACGAACUGGACCGCAAGGCGUACAGCUUCUUCAGGCGCAAGGGCCCCUUCGACCCCGACUUCCUGCAGCUGCUAGCCCACGUGCUGCUGGGCUCGCUGCUGUCCAAGGUCGUACCCUUCCUGUACGGCCCCAAACCCGCGCUGCUGCGGCUGGGGAGCGGCGUGUCGUAUUCCACCAUCACUGCUGCAGUACGGCGGGACAGUUUGUUGGCGGUUGGGCUGGGGGUGCUGCUGCUGGGGGCGCUGGUGGGGAAGCUGCUGCGGCUGUUCUGAGGAGGUGGGGGAGGAGGGGGAGGGAGAUAGCAGAGGCUGUGAACUACCGUAUGGGGGGAAAGGGAGGGAGGAGGAGGCCUGUAUUGGCCAGGAGGAGGAGGAGGAAAAUGGGGAGGCGGCAGUGGGAGGUCAGGCGGGUCAGGGGCAUACUGACAUGAGGGGGAGAAGAGCAAGAGAGGAGAGAGAGUGAAAAGUAUGCAUGAGAGAGGUGUUUUGCGAAGGGACAGGACGGGCGUGGCG